AUGUUUCCUCCUCAAGUGCUCAGGAAUAAGACCAUCAAGCUGUGGAAGGUGAGUGAACGAGACAAGCAACCGGAGGGCUACAACCUGAAAGAUGAGGAGGGCAGGGUGAAGGACAUCUCUACAGUCACAUCACUACAGAUAAGACCCUCCUCCCUGGAAGUGACGGAGAGACCUACCACACAGACACAUGACCUGAGGAUCAACAUGUGGCACCUGGGGAUCACAGACCGCAGCUACAACAUAGUGGACAUCAAGCCAGCCAACAUGGAGGAGCUGACGGAGGUGAUAACAGCAGCAGAGUUUCAUCCUCACCACUGUCACCUGUUUGUCUACAGCAGCAGUAAAGGAUCUCUCCGUCUCUGUGACAUGAGGGCCUCGGCACUUUGCGACAGACACACCAAACUCUUUGAGGAACCAGAGGACCCAGGAAGUCGCUCAUUCUUCUCUGAGAUCGUGUCGUCGGUGUCGGAUGUGAAGUUCAGUCACAACGGGCGGUACCUGCUGACCAGGGAUUACCUGACGGCCAAGGUGUGGGACUUACACAUGGAGAAAGGCCCCGUCGAAACCUACCAGGUUCAUGACUACCUGAGGACUAAGCUGUGCUCUCUGUACGAGAACGACUGCAUUUUUGACAAAUUCGAGUGUGUCUGGAACAGCUCCGACAGUGUGAUAAUGACUGGGGCGUACAACAGCUUCUUCCGGAUGUUUGACAGGGAGACAGGGCGGGGCGUGACCCUGGAGGUAACGUGGCGAGAGACCAGUAAGCCGCGAGCUGUACUGCGGACGCGACGGAUCUACACCGGGGGCAAGCGUCGUCGUGGCGACGUGGGGGUGGACAGUCUGGACUUCACUAAGAAGAUCCUCCACAUGGCCUGGCACCCCGAGGAGAACAUCAUCGCCAUAGCCUCCACCAACAACCUCUACAUCUUUCAGGACCGGGUCAGCCCCGAUACACAGGGUCCAGACCUGGGUUCAAAUACCAUUUAGUACCGGGUCAGUCCCGAUACACAGGGUCCAGACCUGGGUUCAAAUACCAUUUAGUACCGGGUCAGCCCCGAUACACAGGGUCCAGACCUGGGUUCAAAUACCAUUUAGCACCGGGUCAGCCCCGAUACACAGGGUCCAGACCUGGGUUCAAAUACCAUUUAGGUCCAUUUAGGACAGGGUCCACACACAGAAACAGGAUUGAGAAGUAGUCAUUAAACGCAUGUGCACACACACACACACACACACACACACACAGGACUGAGAUCAGUCUAUAAGGUGAAUGAGUUGGACAGGCCUGAGAUCAGUCUGUAAGGUGAAUGAGUUGGACAGGCCUGAGAUCAGUCUAUAAGGUGAAUGAGUUGGACAGGCCUGAGAUCAGUCUAUAAGGUGAAUGAGUUGGACAGGCCUGAGAUCAGUCUAUAAGGUGAAUGAGUUGGACAGGCCUGAGAUCAGUCUAUAAGGUGAAUGAGUUGGACAGGCCUGAGAUCAGUCUAUAAGGUGAAUGAGUUGGACAGGCCUGAGAUCAGUCUAUAAGGUGAAUGAGUUGGACAGGCCUGAGAUCAGUCUAUAAGGUGAAUGAGUUGGACAGGCCUGAGAUCAGUCUAUAAGGUGAAUGAGUUGGACAGGCCUGAGAUCAGUCUAUAAGGUGAAUGAGUUGGACAGGCCUGAGAUCAGUCUGUAAGGUGAAUGAGUUGGACAGGCCUGAGAUCAGUCUAUAAGGUGAAUGAGUUGGACAGGCCUGAGAUCAGUCUAUAAGGUGAAUGAGUUGGACAGGCCUGAGAUCAGUCUAUAAGGUGAAUGAGUUGGACAGGCCUGAGAUCAGUCUAUAAGGUGAAUGAGUUGGACAGGCCUGAGAUCAGUCUGUAAGGUGAAUGAGUUGGACAGGCCUGAGAUCAGUCUAUAAGGUGAAUGAGUUGGACAGGCCUGAGAUCAGUCUGUAAGGUGAAUGAGUUGGACAGGCCUGAGAUCAGUCUAUAAGGUGAAUGAGUUGGACAGGCCUGAGAUCAGUCUAUAAGGUGAAUGAGUUGGACAGGCCUGAGAUCAGUCUAUAAGGUGAAUGAGUUGGACAGGCCUGAGAUCAGUCUAUAAGGUGAAUGAGUUGGACAGGCCUGAGAUCAGUCUAUAAGGUGAAUGAGUUGGACAGGCCUGAGAUCAGUCUGUAAGGUGAAUGAGUUGGACAGGCCUGAGAUCAGUCUAUAAGGUGAAUGAGUUGGACAGGCCUGAGAUCAGUCUGUAAGGUGAAUGAGUUGGACAGGCCUGAGAUCAGUCUAUAAGGUGAAUGAGUUGGACAGGCCUGAGAUCAGUCUGUAAGGUGAAUGAGUUGGACAGGCCUGAGAUCAGUCUAUAAGGUGAAUGAGUUGGACAGGCCUGAGAUCAGUCUGUAAGAUGAAUGAGUUGGACAGGCCUGAGAUCAGUCUAUAAGGUGAAUGAGUUGGACAGGCCUGAGAUCAGUCUGUAAGGUGAAUGAGUUGGACAGGCCUGAGAUCAGUCUGUAAGGUGAAUGAGUUGGACAGGCCUGAGAUCAGUCUAUAAGGUGAAUGAGUUGGACAGGCCUGAGAUCAGUCUGUAAGGUGAAUGAGUUGGACAGGCCUGAGAUCAGUCUAUAAGAUCAAUGAGUUGGACAGGCCUGAGAUCAGUCUAUAAGGGGAAUGAGUUGGACACCCCUGAGUUCGCUAUCUAAGGUGAAUGAGUUGGACAGGCCUGAGAUCAGUCUAUAAGGGGAAUUAGUUGGACACCCCUGAGUUCGCUAUCUAAGGUGUCUGAAGACAGAGGAAGGUUGUGUGUGUGUGUGUGUGUGUGUGUGUGUGUGUGUGUGUGUGUGUGUGUGUGUGUGUGUGUGUGUGUGUGUGUGUGUGUGUGUGUGUGUGUGUGUGUGUGUGUGUGUGUGUGUGUGUGUGUGUGUGUGUGUGUGUGUGUGUGUGUGUGUGUGUGUGUGUGUGUGUGUGUGUGUGUGUGUGUGUGUGUGUGUGUCCCAGACCGCAGUGACCCAGUGUGUGGAUCCAAUCACUGUUUAUAUUGUUAUUUUAGUCAACAGUCACUAGACGUCCCGUUUAACGGAUUCCCUUUAUGAUCACAACACCUCAGCACACCUGGAUACACAGGACACCUUUACACACAGCUGGUGAGAGUGGACACUUCUGGACACCUGGUGAGAGUGGACACUUCUGGACACCUGGUGAGAGUGGACACUUCUGGACACCUGGUGAGAGUGGACACUUCUGGACACCUGGUGAGAGUGGACACUUCUGGACACCUGGUGAGAGUGGACACUUCUGGACACCUGGUGAGAGUGGACACAUCUAGACACCUGGUGAGAGUGGACACAUCUGGACACCUGGUGAGAGUGGACACAUCUAGACACCUGGUGAGAGUGGACACAUCUAGACACCUGAUGACUCAUCUGGAUUAAUCUAGACACCUGGUGACCCAUCUAGACACCUGGUGACCCAUCUGGAUUAAUCUAGACACCUGGUGACCCAUCUAGACA